AUGUCUCACCUCACCUAUUAUAACUACGAGGGAGUUGGAAAAAGGAACCAGCAAAAGUUCAAAUAUAGCCAAGCCGUGCGCAUAGGUGAUCGCAUUGAAUGCUCUGGACAAGGCGGCUGGGACCCAAACACUGGGGAGUUCUAUAAAGAGAUCAACGCGCAGAUCGAUCAAGCUUUCAAGAACGUCGAGCUGAAUCUGAAGAACGCUGGCGGCAAAGGGUGGGAGCAGGUCUUCCGCGUGAACUCGUACCAUGUCCCCAUUAACAACGAAGCGCUGGAUGCCAUGGUCAGGAACUUUAAGAAGUAUAUGCCGAAUCAUGAGCCCCUGUGGACAUGUGUGGGCGUGACGAGGUUGGGGGAGGAUGAUAUGAGGGUUGAGAUUGAGGUGGUGGCGCAUGAUCCAAAAUAG